AUGGUUAAGCUUGCUGAUUAUUCACGAACCGCGACAUUUGCGUGGUCCCACGACAAGAUCCCUUCGUUAGUUACAGGUACAGCGUCGGGAACUGUCGAUGCAGACUUCUCCAGUGAAUCUAGUUUAGAACUAUGGUCAUUGUUAUCUCCAGAUGCUACUAAUCCAAAGACUUCUCUAAGCGUGGAUGCUAAAUUUAAUGAUCUGGAUUGGUCCCAUGACAACAAAAUUAUUGCAGGUGCAUUAGACAAUGGAUCUGUAGAACUGUUCUCAUACAAUGCUGAUUCUUUAAAAUCCGAGGCUAAGUUUCAACGCCAUAAAACCACUGCCAAAGUUGCAAGAUUUAACGCCAAGCAAUUCAACGUUUUGGCAACUGGUGGUACCAAAGGUGAGAUUUUCAUCUGGGAUGUGAAUAAAUGUUUAGAGAAUCCAAAUGAUUAUACUCCAUUGACACCUGGAAAUUCAAUGACACCUGUGGAAGAAAUAACCUCAUUGGCUUGGAAUCAAUCCCUAGCUCAUGUGUUUGCCUCGGCUGGAUCUACUUCAUACGCUUCUAUCUGGGAUUUAAAGGCUAAAAAGGAAGUUAUUCAUCUAAGUUACACUUCACCAAAUACUGGUCUCAAAGCUCCAUUAUCUGUAGUGGAAUGGCAUCCUAAAAAUUCUACCAGAGUAGCUACUGCUACUGGUAGCGAUAACGAUCCAUCUAUUUUAGUGUGGGAUUUAAGAAAUGCCAACACCCCAUUGCAAGUGCUAUCUCAAGGUCACUCAAAGGGAGUUUUGUCUUUAGAUUGGUGUAACCAAGAUGAAAACCUCUUAUUAUCUAGUGGUCGUGAUAAUACCGUGGUACUAUGGAAUCCUCAAGAAGGUCAAGAACUAACGCAAUUCCCCACACGCAGCAAUUGGGUGUUUAAGACGAAGUUUGCCAGUCAGGCACCAGAUAUUUUCGCAUCUGCUUCAUUUGACAACAAGGUUCAAGUACAAACUUUGCAAAACUUGGUCAAUACUUUAGACCAAGAGCAAACCGCCUCUAAGCAACGAGAAUCAGAGUUGGAUUUCUGGAAUCAUGUUUCUCAAGAGGAUUCCAACGAGAAACCUACUUUAUUCCAGCUUCAGGCACCAUCUUGGUAUGUUAACAAAUCCCCAGCAGCUCAAUGGGCUUUUGGUGGUAAAUUGGUUAACAUUACUGCCGAUGGUAAAGGUGUGACAAUUAGCAAACCUUCCUUACCAGGAUUACAGGAGAACACAGCAUUGGGCGAAGCCAUCAAAUCUAAGAAUUAUACACCUUUGAUUAACCAAAGAUUGGCUAAGGCUGUUGAUAGUACUAGCGAGGAGGACUGGAACCUACUAGACAAACUGGCUAUGGAUGGUAAAGCUGAAUUUCUGAAAGAGACUUUCGCAUUCGAUGAUGAAGAAGAGGAAAAGGAAAAGAAAUCUGAAGAUCAAGACGAUGGUUCAAAUUUCUUUGCCAACAUCGAAGCUGCAUUUACUCCUGAGGGUAGCUUCCAAUUAAGCACUGAAGUCGAUCAGCAAAUUGGUAGAAAUUUGGUGGAAGGGGACACGAAAUCUGCCGUUCGCACUUCUUUGGACAAGGAUCUUCUACAAGAAGCCCUACUUAUUGCAUUGGACUCCAAUGAUGAAGCCUUGAAAGAUACGGUGAGGGGUGCCUACUUUGCUAAACAUGGUAAGCAAUCAGCACUUUCAAGAUUUUUGUUUUCCAUCUCCAAGAAAGAUUCUGAGGAUUUGGUGGAAAACUUAGACGUUUCCCAAUGGAAAUAUGCAGCAAGAACUGUCAUGAGAUUUUACGAUAAUGACAUUGAAAAGAAGAAUCAAAAAUUGUGUACUCUAGGUGAUAGAUUGCUAGAGGCCGGUGAUAGACAGAAUUCUCUAGUUCUUUAUUUGGCUGCUUCCUCUUUGGAUAAGGUUGCUAGUGUUUGGUUAAAAGAAUUCCAAACCAUUGAAACAAAAGUUCAAAAGAACAAGCCUUCCCUUUAUGAGGCCCACUCCGAAGCUCUCACUGAAUUUGUCGAAAGAUUCACUGUGUUUUCUACAUUUGUUGGUAAUGAAACCGCCAUUACUAAUGAAGAAUUGGUUUCCAAAUUCUUGGAAUAUGUCAACUUAGCCUGCGCAAGCGGUAGCUUCGAGUUGGCCCAUUCCAUUCUGGAAACUCUACCGGGCAACAAUGAAGAUGUUAAGAUGGAAAAGGAACGUGUUCUUUUGGCAUCAGGUAAAUCUACGAGAACUACGACCACUAGAAAGCCUGCAUACGGUGUGCCACCAGCUAUAAAUAACGUGGCUCUCUCACAACAAAAUUAUGCAUUUGGAGCAGGUCCAACCGUACCCCCUACCGCCGCAUUUACUGGUACCAAUUCUACCGCUGCAUCAGCUUAUGCUCCACCUGCAGCUGCCACACCAGCACCUGUAACAGCUGCACCCCCUGCUGCCGCCAAUAUUACAAAGCCUAACCCAUAUGCCCCUCCUCCAACAAUCCCAGCCGCCGUUGGUAGUAGGUAUGCGCCUGUAACUCCAUCUUCAGGUCAAACGAAUUUUAAUCUGCCAACAAACCCAUAUGCUUCACCUUACACUCCGAUGAAUGUGAAGCCAACCCCUGACUUUGUAUCAUCACCACAAACAGCUUUGGGUAGCACACCGGGUGCCGCAGUCGCCAACCCCCCACCAACAAAUAUCAAGACUGGCCAGGCUCCUCACUUAAACAAGAAGGCUAAUGAUGGUUGGAACGAUUUGCCUUUAAACGUUAAGGAAAAACCACAACGUGCGAAGGCACCUUCUGUGGCACCACUUAACAUGGCUGCGCCAGCUGCUGGUGCAGUUCCAGGAGUGGCUGGUGCAGGUACGCCUUAUGUACCACCACCACGUUCCGCCAGAUCUUCUUCAAGAGGGCCAUCCGUAUCCUCCCCAUUACCACCUCCACCACCAAAGGGUAGUAGAAUGGCUUCCAUCUCUUCUACUGGUUCAGUAGGUAACAUGUCCCCUAAGGCGAGUGCAAUAAAUCCAUAUGCUCCUCAGGCUCAAGCUGCAAAUGGACCUUCUACCCCCAGAACUAGUGCAUAUACAGCUCCUGUGACACAACCGCCAACAGCUCCUUUCACUGCUUAUGCACCAGGUGGUACCGCACCUUCACCAGUGCUACGCCAAAACCCCUAUGCACCACCACCUCAGCAAAUUACACCAGUUGGUACUAUCCCUCCUGCUAGAACCAGCAGUACGAGUAGUACCGCUACACCAGCACCAGCGGUAGUACCACCUCCACCAACGAACUUGAAAAAGAAGAACCACCCUACCGCUACUUUGGAGAAUGCUAGUAACCUAUUAGAGUCCGUACAGAGAACAACCGAACUCGGAUCUGCGGCUCCCUUGUCCAAUGGUAAUGCGGCUGCAGCGGCCCCAGUCGCUACGGCUGCAACAGCGCCACCUACCGGCUUAGCCCCUCCAAAAUCUACAGCCCCACCACCAAGUUCCACGAACUCUACUACUCCAGAGAGCGUACCAACCCCUGCACCUGCCAGCAUUCCAGCAGAUCAACAAGCAAUUGUUGAAUACUUUAAGGAAGAACUUGCCCGUGUUACCCCAUUAACCCCCAAGGAAUACAGCAAGCAAAUAAAAGACUGUGACAAGAGAUUAAACAUUUUGUUUAACCAUCUGGCAAAACAAGAUCUUUUGACCCAACCAACUAUUGAUAAACUACAUACGAUUGUGGGUCAACUAAAGUCAAAGGAUUACAGCAGUGCCAUGCAAGUCUUUGUAGAUAUCUCUACAAACAAUGCAACGGAAGCUGGCAACUGGCUAACAGGUGUCAAGAGACUAAUAGCCCUAGCAGAAGCUACAUCUAAUUGA